ACCGCAUGGCGGCGAUGCUUCGGACGGUCAGUUAAUUAAUACAGAACUCCGACCGAAACAUACGAACCUUCUUUAUCGCACCAUCAGCCGGAGAUGCUCUACGUCGUCGAGACCAUGAGGGAGGAUUGGAUUCGCUCGACCGACGAGGAGAGAGCAAUACUGCGGGACAAGUGCCUGUUUGCCUUCAAGCUAGCCAAAUUCUUCGCUAUCAGUGUCACUAUCACCUGCUCAGCCUUCAUUCUCAUGCCGAUGCUCGAGCUGAAAUUCGUCGAGAACGCGAAGAGGAUGCUACCCUACCGCGGUUACUUCUUCUUCAACCACACGGUGCCUGGGGUGUACGAGUAUGUUUACUUGGUGAACUCGAUGCUCGGCGUAUUGGGAUGUUCGACAAUCGCUUGCGCCACGAGUUUCAGUCUCAUUACGUCAAUCCACGGAGCUGCUAAAUUUGCCAUUGUCCAGAAAGAUUUUGAGAGGAUCGACCAGGUCACUUGGAACAAUAGCGAGAUCGUCGGAAGGUGCGUUCGCCGACAUCAGGAAUGCAUAAGAUUUGCAGAGACGGUGGAGAACAUCAUCAACGUGCUGGCGUUGGCACAGUUUGUCAUAAGCACUGGCCUUAUAUGCUUCGCUGGAUUCCAAAUGACUACGAUGCUUACGGACAGAGCGCGAUUUACUAAAUACGCGUCGUUUCUCAACGCGGCGGUGACGGAGCUCUUCAUAUUCAGCUACGGCGGCCAGUCGUUAAAGUCCGAGAGCGAGGAAGUCGCGGAGGGCGUCUACAGCAGCAACUGGAUCGGUAGCGCGUUAAGCUCGAAUCUGAGAUUGAUCGUAUUGAGAUCCAGAAAACCGUGUACCAUUACGGCGGGAAAAUUUUACGACAUGUCUUUCGAGUCGUUUUUGAAGGUGCUGAGUUCAUCUUUUUCGUACUUUACGGUGCUCCUGGCUAUGGAAGAAGAAUAAUAAAGCUAUAAUUUAUGAGACGAAGGUGGAUCAAUUAAUGAUCCUAAGCGUACUUGUUGUUUAUACACAUAAACUUAUAUAAAAUAAAACGAUAUUUUAUAUAGUUUAUUGAUAUUAUGAUUCAUAUUAAAUGAAGGUUAUUUGAUAACAUAAUUUCAAAGUAUAAAGACGUAAGUAUACUGAUUCGAUCACUCACUAUACAUCUUAUAUAAGAAUUAAAUGCAAGAAGCCAUUUUAUUACAACCAUAAGAAUAAUCCGUUUUAUUUUAUAUUAAUCAUUAUAAAAAUUUUAACUUUGAAAACUGACUGAACGCUUUGGUUGCAUAAUUCUUUUGCACAAGGUGCAUAUUGAUUUCUCAUGGUGAAAGCUGUGAUGUGAUAGUAAAAUCAUUUUCAGUAUUGCAAAAACACGUUAGAAAUACGUUUGAAGUUGUUAGACAUUUUAAUAACUUGUUUGUAGAAAACAUCCAUACGGAUGUGUCAUGUGCAUGCACGUGCAUGUAUGCGUCGGUUCGUAUUUGUAACGUAAUUAUAUUGUGCGAAUAUCUAUAGAACUACUCUGUAAAUAUUGGUAAUUGGUACAGAUUGUAUUAAAAAAAUUGUCUUUUAGUUGAACAUACAUUUUUAUUUCGCACUUUUAUUCUAAUUUCUAAUUAUAAUUCUAAUUUCGCUUUCAGGUAAUAUAGUAUCAUUGCAUUUUACUAAUGCAAUUUACACGAAUGUUCUCUCUAGAUAAUACAUAAGAUAAAAGAGCUAGAAAAAAAAUAUACAUCAAGGAUUCAACAAGUACUAUAAUAUAAUGAUAUAUUAUAAAAGGCAAUAGGACGCUGAAUGAACGCUAUUACUAGAAAAGUAUUAUAAGAAUUAAUAUUCUGAAAAUGUAAAAUAUUAACAAGCCUUGUUAAUUAUUUUAAAAAAGGCAUCGACGCGUGAUUAUAAAUUGUAAAUCUCAAGCUUUCGAUAAGGUGGAAAACGAAUUGAAGCAACAUUAAACAAAUAAAUUUUACGUAAAAUAGA